UUCCAGAGCCAACUAUUUGAUCUUCGGCUUGAAGCCCCUAUGGUUCCACUUGAGCAACGUGCUGCUCCACGGCGCUGCUUGCGCCCUUUUCACCAAAGUGUGUCUAUGCGUGGCCGGGAUGAAGGCCCCCUUUGCCGCCGUGGCGGGCCUGCUCUUCGCCACCCAUCCCAUUCACACGGAGGCGGUUACAGGAAUCGUAGGAAGAGCAGAUGUGCUAGCAUGUGUUUUCUUCCUUCUCUCGUUCCUUGCCUAUCACGGCCGAGCCGAUGGGAUAUGCCACGUAUGGGUCAGUAUUGUCCUUGGCGGCCUCAGUAUGCUAGCGAAAGAAACUGGGGUAACUGUAUUUAUCAUAAACUUGGCCUACGACUUUUUCCUCCAUUGGCACUAUAUAAAAAGGGCAAUGGGAGAAAUGAAGUGGAAUCAGGAAGCCCUGCAGUUCGCUAAUAAGGCCGCUAAAAUUUUGACCUCGCUUGGUAUUUUGCUUACGCUUCGUUUGGCUAUUCUCCAAGGAUCAUUACCAAAAUUUUCGCAGCAGGACAACCCAGCGGCAUUCCAUCCUUCGAUGUAUGUGAGAUUUCUAACCUUUGGAUAUUUAGCUGCCUUUAAUAUGUGGCUGCUGCUCUGUCCUGCUACACUGUCUCAUGAUUGGCAGAUGGGAUCUAUCCCACUAGUAACAACGAUAUACGAUCUAAGAAAUCUGGUGACACUAUUUUUUCUUGGAUUGACGCUGAUGUUAGCUAUCAAAUGUCUUAUGGAAUUUGAAGUAAGUGUUAUUUACGAUUACCAUCAAUUAAUAUACUAA